CACCACUGCCACGAGUCCAUUCGUAAACAUAAAAAUAUUAGAAAAAUCUCAAUGUGGAGUUAAAAUAAAAAAAUACAAACUAAUGUUCCUGAGGGGAUUUGCCUCUCUUGAUAUGCUUCCUCAGCUACAGAGAAGCCAGUGAAAAGGGGAGAGUGUGUGGAAUGAAGGAAAGGAGGAGGAGAUAAAAAAGGAGCAGAGAGAGAGACUGGCUGGGGGUGAAAAAACAACAGGAAACCAACCGAUUCUAAUGCUGUUUCUGCAAAUCCUUCAGAGAUAAAACCGCAGGCUACCACGUCCCAGCCAAGCAACACUCACACCAUGCCUUUUCUAUGAUCAUCACUUCAAGUUAUCACACUCUAAAAGGACUUAAAGUUCACAAUGUGACGUCACUUCUGCUCUCAGCCUCAACCAGUGUGGUUAGUCAGAAUGUGAGCGGAUGCAGAGUUUUGGGAGCUGAUAUCUGGGAUUUCUAUGUGGCUGCUUUUUUGACCUACAAACUCAACCUCUCUCAGGGUCAUAUGGAUCGAUCGCUGUGUGUCCAAGGAUCUGUUUGUGUUAAUCAUCGGGACUACUAACUGGAGCCACAUGAAGAAUAAAGGGACUAAGCAGAAGUCCAAAAAGAAAGGAAGUGAAAAUGCGUUCGGCUGUGACCUGAUUGAACAUCUCCAGAAUUCAGGACAAGAUGUUCCUCAGGUUCUGAAGAAAUGCGCAGAGUUUAUUGAGGAGCAUGGGAUUGUGGAUGGGAUCUACAGACUGUCGGGGGUCACCUCAAAUAUCCAGCGUCUCAGGCAGGAAUUCUGCUCCGAGGCGUGCCCUGACCUUACAAAGGAAGUGUACCUCCAGGACAUCCACUGUGUGGGUUCCUUAUGUAAGCUGUUCUUCAGGGAGCUACCCAAUCCUCUGCUCACAUAUGAGCUAUACAGCAAAUUCACUGAAACAGUCUUGGUCCAGGGGGAUCAUGAGAGACUUCUACACAUUCAGGGGGUCAUCAAAGAACUGCCAACUCCUCACUUCAGGACUCUGGAGUACCUUACUAAGCACUUGGCCCACCUUGCCACCUUAAGCUCCCAGACAAACAUGCACACACGUAACCUGGCCCUGGUUUGGGCUCCAAAUCUAUUAAGAUCUAAAGACAUUGAGGCGUCAUGUAGUAAUGGAGACAUGGCUUUCCAGGAGGUGCGGAUACAACAGUCAGUGGUUGAGUUUAUUUUAAACCACACAGAGGAGAUCUUCAGUGAUUCUGUGCAAAUCAAACCCAAAGAAGGACCGAGUUUGAAGUGUGCUGAGAAGUAUGCCACGCUCCCGAUCAGUGGCCAGUGUGGGCCGAUGAAACUGAUGAGCCUGGAAGAAGCCCAGGCUCGAUCUUUAAGUCCAAACCAUCCUGUGCAUAAAGAACGUCAGCGGGAGAACAGUCUGCCUAAUACCAGCACUUCCACGCUCUACCACACCGUCAUUGACAUAUCAGACAGCAAGAGAAAGUUCUCUGGAAAAUCAAAGAAAUGGAAGUCCAUCUUCAACCUGGGACGGUCUGUGGACUCGAAGGGAAAACUGAGCCGGAACGGCAGUGUGUUAAUCAGAGCACAAGGGACAGAAAAAGCAGCUCUUCGCCCAUCCAGGAGCAUGGAGUCCUUGUGCUCCUUAUCAACAGAUGAUGACAGAACAGGAAACAGCAGUCCAGCUGGUGGAUCCAGCAGCGUUUUCUCUCCGGAUGUAAAAUCCAGAACACUGGGAUCUGACUCGCUCUAUGACCUGAGUGAACAGGACCAAAACUGGGAGUUUAAAGGGACGAGAGGUGACGGGGCAACAGGUGGCUGGAGUUCUAGCAUGGACCAAAGGGGGUUACCAGGUGCCUCUGCACCCCCUCAAAAAUCCCUGCCAGAGCAACUGAAGGUGUUCAAAGGUGAUGACCUCAAAGGCUACAAGCCCACCUCUCCGAAAAAUAGGAGGAUGUUGUACUCAGGCUCCUCCUACAACAGCUCUGCUAGGCCCUCCUUCCCGGGAAACUUCUUCCCACUGGAGUCCUCACCAAGGCAUCAGCGCAGAGCCGUCAACAUAUCUGAGCCUUUUGCUGUGUCUGUACCGCUGCGCGUGUCGGCCGUUAUCAGCUCUAACAGCACGCCAUGCAGGGGGCACGCCAAGGAUAAAGCAGCUACUCUAAAACCCUGCAGAGAGAGCUCAGAGCAGAGCAGCAACAGUGGAAAGAGCAACACUUUCCCCCAACUGGAACCCAAGAAGCAGGAAGGAACCGAGAAGAAAAACAAAGAGGGGACGACUUUCAGAGUCCCGCCAAAGGAUGCAAGCAAAGAAAUUGUGCAAGAAGGGAUGAAUACUUCAAAACUGGAACCAACGUCCCCUGCAACUGCAAGAAAAGUCAAAGACGCAGCGCCAUCUCCUGGGAAAGAAGGACACAACCAGCAGAUUAUUAUGCAACUGGUAAAUCUUGACAAGGGAUCUUCUACUGGAAAAGAGCUGUGGUCUGACCUCCCCCAAGAACUGAAGAUAACUGAACCUGAAAUUGACCCGCUGGAUGACACCUUUAAACCGGUUUUCGGCACAAAGAGUCCCUGCGAGGGCAUGAGGUUAACGAUGGAUGUAAAGUCAAAACGAAGCCGCAGCUCUCCGUCUCUGUCGUUGUUAUUUAGGGAGCAUUCUUCAAAUACCUCUCUGACCGGUCAUGUACUCACCACUGGAUCGGACUCUGCAAAGAAUAAGCCUUCAGAGUCUGACAUCUCAUCUUCUCUUCACAAAGACACAGAAAAGACCCGCGCUGCUGACACCGUGGAUGAGAAAGACGAGAAGCUGCAUCUAAAAAGCACACCCUCAAACAAAGAUGACACCAAAACGGGUCAAUUUCCUUUCAAAGAAACGUGUUUAGAUACAGUAAUGAAUCAUUUGACGAUAGGGCGUACUCCAAAUGUUGAAGGCUUCUCAGGAACCGAGGAUACCAACAAAAAAGAUGAGAAAUUCAAAGUUCCUCAAGGAGACAAAAACGUCUCCUGUGAUGGAGCAAUGAAGAAUGUGAUUCCGGAGGUGGAGGUUUUUCAGAGACUGUCAGUGUGUUUGGAGGAGAAGAAUCGCACAUUGGAGCUGCCAAACCUCGACAACAAUGAAGGAUGUGGAGGAAACUCGGAGGAGCUGGACUUGGUGGAACCCUGGGAGGAUUUUAGCUCCAACAAGCAGUGGGUUACCAGUCCUCUCCACUCACCUGACGUGGAGGAGUUGUUUAACCAGCUAUCACCUUUUGGCUCUCGCGGGGAAACUCCGAUUUCAUCUCUUUCAGUUGAUAAAAACAAACCGUCUCUCAUUAAGAGCACUGUACACUCCUCAGGAAACAUCCCUCAGACUACCAGCAGCAAACCAGAAAUGCAAUGGAUGUAUUUGCCAUCAGGGAUCAGUGUGAACAGCGGUAACACAACACAACCUCACACAGCAAAAUGCAGCACAAUGAAACAGAAGAAUACAGUGUCAUCUCAGACGUUGUACAGACAGAUGUCUUAUGAGGCAGAGAAAAGAGAGGAAAAUUGUUUUUCUAAACACAGACCAUAUUCACUUAAUUUAGACCUGGGGCAGCGAUGCAUCAGAGACAUUUCUAAUCAGCAGAAUCGUAAUUCAUCAGAGUUUUCCUCUUGUCAGAGAGGAUUACUGACCUCCUCUGAAUCUGUAAACUCCAGGCUGCCCUCGGAAUUGGAGUUGUUUCUGAGCGAUCGGCAGGCGCCUCUUCGUCGAAAUUCAGCCCCAGUCAGCGUUUCAUCAGUGAGAACAGCCUUCAUGAUAAAAACGUGCCAGGCCAAAGCGGUGCCCGUCGUCCCUCCGAAGGUGCAGUACAGUCAGAUACCUCCCUUGAGACAUGAGAAGGAUUUUGAAACGGCGAAGGAAAAGGAAAAGGAACAUCCUAAAAUGUGUGCAGAGAGAGGCAAUGUGGCACCUCCUCCGAUGUUGUCAGAGCUAAAAGAGGAGCUGGAGAAUAAAGAGCCUGCUAAUGAACACCAAAAACACCCACUUGUUGCUGAGUCUGUGAAGACAACAUCUUCUCCAGAGCUACCGGUCAUCACAAGGAGACACCCACCAAGUCUGGAAAUGUUUGUAGAUUGCCCCAGACCUAACAGAGGGAACCUUCUACAGAGGCCGUCCUUUAGGAACAGGCAGAGACCUCAAAGUCUCAUCCUGCUUAGCCCUCCUUUUCCCAUCAUGGACUAUCCUCCGCCAGGAGACGACAGCAGGCUCCUUUCUUCCAUCAAGAGCUUGAACGACACAUCAGCAGUGAACGUCUUUUCUAAAGAGAUGACGGAGAAUUUUAGGACGCCGGAGGGGAUCGCCCUUCAAAACAAAAUGACUAUUCCAAAAAGUGGACAGAGGCUGGAAACGUCAACCAGCUGCUUCUACCAGCCGCAGAGGAGGUCGAUGAUAUUCGACAGCAGGAGCCACAGACAGAUUGAGUGACUGACAAUGGGACAGGCUGUGUGUAAAUAUAUACAGUGUGCAAGAUAACUGAAAGGAGCAUGAAAUGAUAGCCUAAUGGAAAUCAUAGCAUAGCAGUUUGCUAUGAUUAAAGCAUUUCUUGAAGGAUGAGGGCUUUUGUAAACAUCCUGAAGUAUUAUAGAAAGAGUUGAGGAAGCCAUUUCAGCUUGACUGAGAUCUAGGGCUACAACUACGGAUUUUUAGUUUUUUUAUUUCUUUCUUUUUUAUCUCUCAGUCUUUCUCAGAGGAUGGAGUGUAUUCAGUUGUCAUGGAGAUAUCUCAUUAUGCAAGCUCCAUCCACUGAGGAAGACCAUGAGAUGUGGUUCAAAUGUAUCCAAAAAGGCAAUUAAGUGGACCUUAAUUUAUUUUUUUGGGUCUAAUUCAUAAAGAUAAAUUCUUUAAAUAUGUUUCUCUCAAAAAAAAAAAAAAGAAGAAAAAAACCUGUCACAAUAACUGGACAAAGUUUUUGUCCCAACUUGCUUGUGUCAAUUCAGGGACUUCAUAUUUUUUAUGGUUCUACAGUAUUUUGAUAUAAUGGAUUCUGCCAUGGCACUCUCACUUGUUGAAGAAUCGGAAGAAAGUGAUGGAAAAUAAACACAUCUUAUGUGUGUGUAGACCAUGGUCUGAUGUAUACUUCGAUUAAUUGAAUUUAAUGACCUAUCAACAGCCAGAGUUUGUAUAUGAGAUUGUGACCUCUUCACAUGAAUAUUAAUGUCUAAAUAAAAUGUAUCCACUAAUAUGCGCUCUGAGUAAGAAGUGUGUAGUGAAAGUUCACAUAUAAUGUAACUGAAGAACCGACAGUGUAACUGUUAAAUGAAACAGUUCUAACAGCCAUGCAUUUGAUCUUGCAGAUGAUGUGUUUAUUUAUUCCUUUAUUAACAUACACAUGAUAUGAAGUAAACUUGAAACGUAUAUACUGUAUGUGGUUACCGGCGCUGUAAUAAGCUGAUGUCAAGGUGAUUUUUUAAAACUAAUAUUUAAAAAGAAAUUCCUUUUUCUGAUUUAAAUAUACAUCGCAAACUCAAUUGAUAGUAUUUACCCACAGAAGAACUUUAAUUAAUGUGUACCAUUUAUUUUAAUUACUUUGUACAUUGUUACAUUUUUGACAAUGAUGAGAAUUUGUAGAAAAGAGUAUGGGUUGUUAUUAAAACAAAAACCCUGGAGUUGCUCCGCUGACUGUAAACUGGAGGGUGACUUUGUGCACGCUGACUGUAUUCCACGUGUUUGAGUCAAAUUCAGAUGAUGGUAUCUCUAGGUUUCUCUCUUUUUAUGGCAUUUCAUAAACACGGGAUCUGAUGUAUUCAGCUUUAGCGCCCAUGAACAUAUCAUAGUCUGGACAUAGGCUGCGGUCUGUUUUCUACAGAUGCAGAUGUUAUGGAGGUCACAAUGUUUUUUAAACUUUGGAUGGACUGGAUGAAUGAUUACAAUGUUUGAGAAAUGAGAUAUUGGUGUUUUUUUUAUUUUGUUUUGUAACUUUUGUAUACUUGUUGAUACUGAAAAUGAUUGACUUAAGCGUCUGUAAUCAUCAGAAAAACAACUGAACUGAGAAUUUUAGGUUGAGGGUUUUGCCUUAAUUAUCUGAUGGCAACAUCCUAAAUAAUGUACAUAAGACAUGAGUCUUUGAUGAGUUUUGUUACAACUAAAUGUUCUGAGAAUAAAAGGUUUUGCAAUCACA